AUGAAUAACGUAGAAGAGAUAGAAGAUUUUCAUGGUGUUUAUUUAUUAGUGAGUAAAAGCACAAAUCCUAAAUUUACCGGCCGCACUUACAUCGGCUAUACUGUCGAUCCGAACCGUAGACUCAAACAGCACAACCUCGGCGAAGACGGUGGCGGUGCAAGACGAACAUCCAACCGGGGUCCAUGGACCAUGGUCUUGAUUGUACACGGAUUCCCGAACAACGUAUCGGCUUUACGGUUCGAAUGGGCCUGGCAGCAGCCUCGCGUUUCUAGAAGGCUUAAACAUAUUCCAGAACUGCAGAAAAAGCUUCGUAAGGAAUCUAAUUUCGAAUACAACUUUCGCAUACUUACGGAAAUGCUGAGAAUUGGGCCAUGGAACCGGUUACCACUCGUAAUCCGCUGGCUAGGGGAUGAAUUCCAUCGGGAAUUUGAAGUAGGAAAAAAGCCUCCCCUACACAUGCCUAUCUGUUUUGGGCGAAUCAAGAAGGCCAAGUGCAAGAAGAAGACGAAAGCGACCAGUGAAAGAACGGCACAAUCACAAACAAUUAGCCGGCCCGUGACGAAUCAGGCAAAGAACAGUAAAAUAGCCAUCAAUUACGAUUUCGAUGAGUACGAUCUGCUUGUGAUGGGUGGUGAGAAAGUCGUCGAUGAUCUAAACACUGCGCGGAAGUCAGCUAUUCCAGCGACGGCAAUAACCGAUGAGAGUGUUGUGAUUAGUUCCGACUCGGAAAGCGACAAUGAUAUAAUGCAGGACGUUUCGCAAUCGACGACGAAGGAUUGUACAAUAUGUGGUCGGUGGAUGAACGUGAAGGAAUUGGAACAGGAAGGUGAUUUAGUGUUGCGAUGCUUACAUCCACGUUGCCCGCUUGUUAGUCAUCUGGAAUGUUUGGCCGAAAUAGUCUUAGAACCAGGUCAGUACGUUCCCGUCGAGGGCGAUUGUCCCGUGUGUGAGGGACACUUUCUUUGGGGUGAUAUAAUACGCAAAGCGAACGGUUGCAGCGAUUUUGUAGAUGAUGCGGAAAACGUUGACCCACUCGAGGUGGACGACGUAUCGGAUGAGGAUCAGUAAUGCAGAUGUCUGUGGGAGUAGAUUACACAUGGCUUUAAUUCAACAUAAAUUUAGGUUAAACAAUUUAAAGAAAGAUGGUAGAAGGUGAGCCAAUAAAUGAACAAGUUUCAACGCUAGCAAGAUAUAAAUAGGUAGAACGUUGAUAGCUACAUAAACUACGUAUGUUUUUGAAACACAAUGUAUGUUGAACUGCCAUCAGUACAAUUAUACCCACAAUUUUAUUAAAUAUAAAAUCAUUAGCAAUUUUAAACGUUAGAAUGUUCGAUGAUAUUCCCGUGUUAUGAACACCCUUGUAAUGAGCGGUAUUAUCGCAAAACA